CCCGGAUCAGCAUCCUGCACGUCGUUGAUCCAGCUGAGCACUCCAGAGUCAGUGGUGAGCCUCCUUGCAUUCCGGAGGACUCAAUUAUUUUGUGUUCUUAGUUUUUGUUUUAUUAGGAUGUUGCGGGGUCUGUCCCAACAUCCAUCUCAGUAUUUUAGAGGCUUCAUAGACAGACAAGUUGGUAGAGGGCGUCUUCCUAGACGUUAUGUUGAUGAGCAAGAGUUACCCUAUGCACCGGGAGUGCAAGAUCAAGGGGAAGUUUCUAAUGCCGAGUUCAGAGAGGCAAUUAGAAUGUUGAGUCAAGCUGUAGCAAAUCAGAUUGGUCAGCAAAGAGGAGCUCGACAUGAAGGAGCUGACACUUCAAGGAUUCGUGAGUUCUUGGGGAUGAAUCCUCCGAGUUUCAUGGGUUUGAGCACUACUGAGGAUCCAGAGGAUUUCAUUGAGGAGUUGAAGAAGAUUUUUGAUGUGAUGCAUGUGGCAGAUAUUGAGCGGUGGAAAGGGGGCAGAGCUGAGAAUGCACCACCUACAAGUUGGGCCGAUUUUGAGGAAGCUUUCUUGGGUUUGAAGUUCACACAAUUAUCCCGCUAUGCUCCGGAGAUGGUUGCGGACAUGAGGAAUAGAAUGAGCUUGUUUGUUGCUGGGUUGUCUCGGUUGUCGAGCAAGGAAGGUAGGGCUGCAAUGCUUAUCGGGGACAUGGACAUAUCAAGGUUGAUGGUUUAUGUGCAGCAGGUUGAGGAAGAGAAGCUGAGGGACAGAGAAGAGUUCAGAAAUAAGAGAGCUAAGAUCGGGAACGAGUCCGGGCAGCAGAGAGGUAAUUCAAACCGUUCCUCCUUUCAGCAAAGGCAAAAGGGACCUGCUCCAUCAUUUGCUAGAGCACCUGCACCCAGAUACAGAGGUGAAUUUAAUGUUCAGAAUUCGAAGGACUUCAGGGCUAGACCAGCACAAUCUUCGGGUAGUGUGGCGCAAGGGAGUAGUAAGCCUCCUGUUUGCGCCAAAUGUGGUAGGAACCACUCAGGUAUUUGUCGAGAUGGCUCCAUUGGUUGUUUCAGGUGUGGUCAGAAUGGACAUUUCAUGCGAGAGUGUCCAAAGAAUAGGCAGGGUAAUGGAAGCAAUAAAGCACAGUCUUCUUCAGUUGUUCCACCAGACAGGACGGCACCUAGAGGAGCUACUUCUAGUGUAGGUGGAGGAGCAAACCGCCUUUAUGCUAUCACCAGUCGCCAUGAGCAAGAGAAUUCUCCGAAUGUUGUCACUGGUAUGAUCAAAGUCUUUGCUUUUGAUGUGUAUGCUUUGCUAGACCCAGGAGCGAGUUUAUCUUUUGUAACUCCUUAUGUUGCAAAUCAGUUUGAGGUUCUUCCUGAAAGACUUUGUGAACCCUUUUGUGUUUCUACACCUAUUGGGGAGUCUAUUCUAGCGGAAAGAGUUUAUCGUGAUUGUCCUGUUUCUAUCAAUCACAAGAGCACCAUGGUUGAUUUGGUUGAGUUAGACAUGGUAGAUUUUGAUGUCAUUCUAGGUAUGGAUUGGCUUCAUGCUUGUUAUGCAUCGAUAGAUUGUAGAACUCGAGCAGUCAAGUUUCAGUUUCCGAAUGAGCCAGUCAUAGAGUGGAGUAGCAGUUCAGCAGUGCCUAAGGGUCGUUUUAUUUCGUACCUUAAGGCAAGAAAGUUAGUUUCGAAGGGUUGUAUCUAUCACUUAGUCCGAGUUCAUGAUUCUAGUGUUGAGAUACCUCAUUUCCAGUCAGUUCCUAUAGUAAGAGAGUUUCCAGAAGUGUUUCCUGAUGAUCUACCCGGAAUUCCUCCUGAGAGAGAGAUAGAUUUCGGCAUAGAUCUCAUUCCAGAUACUCGUCCUAUCUCUAUUCCGCCAUAUAGAAUGGCACCAGCAGAGUUGAAAGAGCAGUUGAAAGAUCUCCUAGAAAAGGAUUACCGCCAGUUGAACAAGGUUACCAUCAAGAACAAGUACCCUCUUCCGAGGAUUGAUGAUCUUUUCGAUCAGCUUCAGGGUGCCACUUGUUUUUCAAAGAUUGACCUCCGAUCCGGCUAUCAUCAGUUAAGGGUAAAGGAAAGUGAUAUCCCAAAGACAGCUUUCAGAACCAGGUAUGGUCAUUAUGAGUUUUUGGUCAUGUCCUUUGGUUUGACUAAUGCGCCUGCAGCUUUCAUGGAUUUGAUGAAUAGAGUCUUCAAACCUUAUUUAGAUAUGUUUGUUAUUGUCUUUAUUGAUGAUAUACUAGUCUAUUCAAGGAAUGAAGAAGAUCAUGCUAGUCAUCUCAGAACAGUUCUUCAGACUUUGAAAGACAAGGAGUUGUAUGCUAAGUUCUCUAAGUGUGAGUUUUGGCUUAAGUCUGUGGCAUUCCUAGGCCACAUUGUGUCCGGUGAUGGAAUUAAAGUUGAUACUCGGAAAAUUGAGGCAGUGCAGAAUUGGCCUAGACCCACAUCUCCAACUGAAAUUAGGAGUUUCUUGGGAUUAGCUGGCUAUUAUAGAAGGUUUGUUGAAGGGUUCUCGACUAUUGCAUCUCCUUUGACAAAGUUGACUCAGAAGACAGUGAAAUUUCAAUGGUCUGAAGCUUGUGAGAAAAGCUUUCAAGAAUUGAAAAAGAGAUUGACUACAGCUCCAGUUUUGACGCUACCAGAAGGUACUCAAGGUUUUGUGGUGUAUUGUGAUGCAUCUAGAGUUGGUUUGGGUUGUGUCUUAAUGCAGAAUGGCAAGGUUAUAGCUUAUGCCUCCAGACAGUUAAAGGUUCAUGAGAAGAACUACCCAACCCAUGACUUAGAGCUAGCUGCUGUAGUAUUUGCUUUGAAGAUAUGGCGUCAUUACUUGUAUGGUGUGCAUGUCGACAUAUUCACUGAUCACAAGAGCCUUCAAUAUGUGCUUACUCAGAAAGAGCUUAAUCUCAGACAGAGGAGGUGGUUAGAGUUACUCAAGGAUUAUGACCUGAGUAUUCUUUACCACCCAGGUAAGGCUAAUGUUGUUGCUGAUUCUUUGAGCAGGUUGUCUAUGGGUAGCACCGCCCAUAUUGAAGAAGGAAGGAAAGAGUUAGCAAAAGAUGUGCACAGACUGGCAUGCCUGGGAGUCAGAUUUACAGAUUCCAUAGAAGGAGGAAUAGCGGUGACGAGCAGGGCCGAGUCAUCAUUAAUGUCAGAAGAAAAUGUUCAAAAGCAAAGAGUAUUAGCUUUUGAACAAGGGGGAGAUGGUGUUUUGAGAUUUCAAGGUAGAUUGUGCGUACCUAUGGUAGAUGGACUCCAAGAGAAGAUUAUGGAUGAAGCUCACAGCUCCAGAUAUUCUAUUCAUCCGGGUUCCACCAAGAUGUAUCGUGAUUUGCGUGAAGUUUAUUGGUGGAAUGGCAUGAAGAAGGGCAUUGCUGAGUUUGUUGCUAAGUGUCCAAAUUGCCAACAAGUGAAAGUUGAACACCAAAGGCCCGGUGGUUUGGCUCAGAGGAUAGAACUUCCAGAGUGGAAGUGGGAGAUGAUCAAUAUGGAUUUCAUCACAGGGUUGCCAAGGUCUCGCAGACAACAUGAUUCUAUUUGGGUGAUUGUCGACAGAAUGACAAAGUCAGCUCAUUUUCUACCGGUAAAGACUACCAAUACAGCAGAAGAUUAUGCCAAGUUGUAUGUUCAAGAGAUAGUGAGACUUCAUGGAGUCCCAAUCUCCAUUAUUUCAGAUAGAGGUGCACAGUUUACUGCACAGUUCUGGAAAUCUUUUCAGAAGGGCUUGGGUUCAAAGGUGAACUUAAGUACUGCCUUUCACCCUCAGACGGAUGGGCAAGCAGAGCGCACUAUUCAGACCUUAGAGGAUAUGUUGAGGGCUUGUGUGAUCGAUUUCAAAGGGAGUUGGGAUGAUCACCUACCUCUCAUUGAGUUUGCCUACAACAACAGUUAUCACUCUAGCAUCCAGAUGGCUCCAUAUGAAGCUCUUUAUGGGAGAAGAUGUAGAUCUCCUAUUGGAUGGUUUGAAGUUGGUGAAGCACAGUUGAUAGGACCAGAUUUAGUUCACCAAGCUAUGGAGAAGGUGAAAGUGAUUCAAGAGAGGUUGAAAACGGCACAGAGUCGUCAGAAAUCCUACACCGAUGUUAGGAGAAGGGCGUUAGAAUUUGAAAUAGACGAUUGGGUAUAUUUGAAGGUUUCACCCAUGAAAGGCGUUAUGAGGUUUGGUAAGAAGGGGAAACUUAGUCCCCGGUAUAUUGGACCUUACCGCAUAGCCAAGAGGAUUGGCAAUGUUGCUUAUGAGUUGGAGUUACCACAGGAACUAGCAGCGGUUCAUCCGAUUCCUGUUCAAAUUUUGGAUCGUCAAGUUCGUAGGUUGAGAACGAAAGAUGUAGCCUCAGUUAAGGUCCUAUGGAGGAACCAAUUUGUUGAGGAAGCAACUUGGGAAGCCGAAGAAGACAUGAAGAAGAGAUAUUCAUAUCUCUUUGAAUCCGCUGAUAUUUGGAUCAUUCUGUCCCAUUUUGAAAGAGAAAGAGUUAGGGUUCAAGAGAAGAAGAAGAGAAGAAGGCUGCAAUUGCCGUCUCUACGGAGGCUGGAUCUAAGUCACUCCAAAAGCCUGGAGAGAACACCAGAUUUCGAGGGGAUGUCAAAUUUAGAGUAUUUGAAUCUAGAGGGCUGUAGGAGUCUUGAAGAAGUUCACCAUUCCCUGAACAUUGGCAUGCUUAAAAGCUUGGUGAAGCUAACGCAAUCGGGUUGCUUUAAGUUUGAAAGCCUUUCAAAAGGGAUAAGAUAUUUAGAAAAUUUGGAGGAGCUUGAUGCCAGCAGCUAUACUCUAAUCUCACAACCUCCAUCUUCCAUUAUCCGGCUGAACAAGCUUAAAUCAUUGAGUUUUGCAAAACAAAAAACAGGAAGAGGUCUCGUAGAUGGGGUGUUCUUUGUUUUCCUUCACUUGAAUGAAUUGUUACAUCUGGAAAGCAUUUUUAAUUUGAAAUAUUCAAAUCGCAAGAGAAAUCAUUUUGAGGAUUUACCUCGAACCAUAGCCCAAGUUGGUUCUCUUCAAGACUUGAACUUAUCAGUGUGCAGGAGGUUUAACGAAUUUCUAAACCUUAACAUGGCUGAAGGGUUCUGCUCAUUGAAAAAUCUGAAUCUCAAUUACUGCAAUUUGGAAGUGUUGAAUCUCAGUGGAAAUAAUUUUGAGCAUUUGCCUCAAAGCAUAGCCCAGCUUGGUGCUCUUCGAUCCUUGAACUUAGCAGAUUGCAAGAGUCUUACACAGCUGCCAGAAUUUCCACAGCAAUUAUAUACAAUAAAUGCAGAUUGGAGCAAUGAUUCAAUCUGUAAUUCGUUGUUUCAGAAUAUCUCAUCAUUGCAGCAUGACAUCUCUGCUUCAGAUUCCUUGUCAGUAAGAGUGUUAUGGAGUCUGCCGCAGAAAAUCCCAAGUUGGUUUCACCAUCAGGGAAUGGGUUCAUGUGUAUCAGUCAAUUUGCCUGAGAAUUGGUAUGUAUCAGAUAAGUUCUUGGGAUUUGCUGUAUGUUACUUGGGCAAUUUAUUUGACAUCACAGCUCAUUUGAUUCCCUUAUGUGAUGAUGGGAUGUCGUCAAUGACCCAGGAAUUUGCCUUAUCCAACCAUUCAGAAUAUAUUGGUAAAUAUGGUAUGCAUUUUUUGUUGGUAACUCUUGGUGGCUUAUGGGAUGCAAAUGGUAAAACACCAAAUGACUAUGGGUGCAUUCAGUUUUAUUCAGAAAUAAAUUAUUUUGGAGCAAAAAGUGAAUUUGGAGUUCGUUUGUUGUAUAAAGAUGACGCUGAGCUUUACACUGGAAUAAGGAAGAGCAGAUAUGAGGAGGUCACUGGUCAGUUGCUCCUCUUCUAA